GAGAGAGAGAGAGAGAGAGAGAGAGAGAGAGAGAGAAUUCGCCUCACUGCCUCAUGGAAAGCUUAUAAAUGGGCACGUGCGUAGCUGACCUACGAGAGGCCGGUUUGAAGAAACAGUGGAGAUUUUCUACUACUUCACUCCUAAACCUCUUUAGCAGAGAACAGGGGCAAUGGAGUUGAAGAAGAAGAACGACCCAAAAUUUGUUGCCUCAAACCCCCAUAGAAUUCUACAUCACUGUACUCUCCUCCUCUCCAUCUUCGCCGUUUUGCCCCCAUCCCAAUCUUUCAGUUACACCGAAGCCCUAUCCAAGAGCCUCCUCUACUUCGAAGCACAGCGCUCCGGCCGCCUCCCCUACAACCAGCGCGUCAGGUGGCGCCACCACUCCGGCCUCACCGACGGCUUGGAACAAGGAGUGGACUUGGUCGGAGGGUACUACGAUGCCGGCGACCAUGUCAAGUUCGGGUUACCAAUGGCAUUCACGGUGACAAUGCUUUCGUGGAGUGUGGUCGAGUACCGCGGCCAGCUCGCCGCAGCGGGCGAGCUGGAGCAUGCUCUGGAGGCGAUCAAGUGGGGGACUGAUUAUUUCAUCAAGGCUCACACCAGCCCAAAUGUGUUAUGGGCUGAGGUGGGUGAUGGAGAUACCGAUCACUACUGUUGGCAACGGCCGGAGGACAUGGCGACGUCGCGGCGGGCUUACAAGAUUGACGAGAACAAUCCCGGGUCGGAUCUCGCCGGAGAGACGGCGGCAGCAAUGGCUGCCGCGUCGAUCGUGUUCAGGAGAACCAACCCGCAUUAUUCUCACCUACUGUUGCACCAUGCUCAACAGCUGUUUGAGUUUGGGGACAAGUAUAGAGGAAAGUACGACUCAAGCGUGGGAGUUGUGAAGGACUACUAUGCAUCAGUGAGUGGGUAUAAGGACGAGAUGUUGUGGGCAGCUUUGUGGCUAUACAAGGCCACCGACAAUGUGGAGAAGUAUUAUCUCAACUACCUAAUUAACAAGGCUCAUUGUUUUGGUGGCCUUGAUUGGGCUAUCACCGAGUUCAGCUGGGACGUCAAGUUCGCUGGGGUCCAAAUCCUGGCUGCUCAGCUGCUGAAGGAAGAAAAACACAAGGAGCACAGACACAUAUUAAACCAAUACAAAUCAAAAGCAGAACACUACAUCUGCUCGUGCCUAAACAAAAACAAUGUCACCAACAAUGUUGAUCGCACUCCUGGAGGCCUUUUAUACAUCAGGCAGUGGAACAACAUGCAAUAUGUAUCAUCUGCAUCUUUUCUUCUAACCACAUACUCGGAUUUCCUCCGGAACUCGAAUCAAAAUAUCAUGUGCCAUGGAGGAAUGGUUGGGCCUCAAGAGCUCGUCAGCCUAGCCCAAGCCCAAGUGGAUUAUAUUCUGGGCUCCAACCCCAUGAACAUGAGCUAUUUGGUUGGGUAUGGCCCAAACUACCCUACAAGGGUGCACCAUAGAGGGGCAUCGAUUGCGUGUUACAGAGAGAACAAGGGGUACAUAGGGUGCACCCAAGGGUAUGACAAUUGGUACAGCCGCAAAGGACCAAACCCCAAUGUUGUGGUUGGGGCAUUGGUAGGAGGACCGGAUUGUCAAGAUAAUUUCAGGGAUGAAAGAGGGAACUAUAUGCAAACCGAGGCUUGUACCUAUAAUACUGCGCCAUUGGUUGGAGUUUUGGCUAGGUUGAGUCAGUUAAAUGAGCAACAGAAUCAAAAUUUGCCUUUGGUUGCUUCUUACUAGAUGUUUAUUCAACUUGGAUGGAAAAAUAGAAUGUUACUAGUAUGUGUGUUUCAGUGGCUGAGUUUUCAAUUGUAGCCCAAAAUGUAUCUUCAUUUCUUUCUUUCUUUUGCUGGAAAAAUUGUAUCUUCAUUUAUAUGUUUAUAAUACGAAACUAUGAAUUAUAGCAA